CCACACCUGUCUGCCAAGUGAGACCGAGAAGCGCCAGGAAGCCGCGAGGAGCAGCCAUGAGUCUCCCUGACUACAGAUCCCCCGGAAAACAGUCCACACCCAACUUCCACACGCACUCUCCGGUGGUGCAGCUCAACAUCGGCGGACAGCUGUUCAGCACGACGCUGAGCACCCUGCGCCGCUGCCCGGACUCCAAGCUGGCCGACAUGUUCGCGGGACCGCCGAAACUCCGCGCCGACGCCGACGGCCGCUUCUUCCUCGACAGGGACGGCAGGCACUUCGGGCCCAUCCUCGAGUUUCUGCGCACGGGGAGGCUGCCCACGGAGCACGUGCGGGAGGUGUACGCCGAGGCCGUCUUCUACGGCAUCGCGCCGCUGGUCAAGCAGCUGGAGGAUUCGCCGCAGCUUUUUGGGGAGACGGUGGCCAGGCGGCAGUUCCUGGCCAGGGUGCCCAACUACGCGGAGAACCUGGAGCUGAUCGUACGCAUAGCCCGGGCCGAGGCCAUGGCCGCCCGCCAUUCCAGCGUCGUCGUGUGCGUUCUGAGGACGGAGGAGGACGUGAGCCGCUACAAAGAUGCCGUCAACAGCCUGGACGCAGCCAAGGAGUCGGCGGUGAGGUUCGGGCCCUGGAAGGCGGCGCCCACCGUCUCAGACCUACUUGACUGCAUCAAAAUGGACAUUGAGGCCAAAGGCUACAGGAUCAGCUUUAAGCCCCACAGUGCAGAGAAGGGCUUCUCGUUCAAGAGUUACGACUUCUUCUACAAGAUCAUUUUCACUUGGUGGUAA